AGAAGGCUCCUGCAAGUCCCUCACCCAUCAGCAUGUGAAACACCCAAACCUUUUCCCUCGGACUAGCCUUCACACUCAUGAUGCCUGGAAUGUCUUUGCAGGAUGGAGGCAGCCUGGCUUCCCCUCUGGCUAACAGAAGAGUUUGAUGUUUGAUGUUUUCUGCAGUGUGUGAACGCAUUCUGUUAACAGCAGUUGCAAUGUCUGUCAAGUAACUGAAAUUGACAGUGAUAUUAAAAGAAGAUGCAAACAUUCAUGAUUAUUUGAAAGGUGAAAACUAAAUAGUGGUGAGUGGUCAAAUUAGCAUCAAGUUCCUAUAUAUAAAAUCAAUAUAUGUGUAGAAUGUAAUAAUGCUCAGGAAUUGAUAUUAUGUCUCAUAAUUGCUCAGCAAUCUUGGCCAGAUUCGCUUCCUGUUUCCUUUUUUUCCCUUUGGCAUGUAGUAUCUUCAUAAGACAGUAGCUGCCACUUUACUGAGCGAAACUGAAAGAUUUUUAGUCUCAUAGCUCUUACUUGUCAUACGUUUCCUGUAUUUCAAAAUGUAAAACACAUUUUGAGAGUGGUGGGCAAGAAACUAAAAAUGGAAAAUGAAACAGCGGCAAAACAAUUUCCUACUGCCAACCGCCAACCAUUUCAGGUAAGACCAGUCGAAGACAAAACCCAAACCGAGAAACUCGCUUCAAGAACCGAGCGAGUUAGGAAACCACUGAAGAAGAUAACAUUUCAAAAGAUGUUCGCUUAGCAGGAACUAAAACUGCCAGGAGACCGGCUCUGUCUCACACAUGAAGUAACAUGUCAUUUGAGCAGUGCUAUGGAUGAGGACAAACUCUGUGCCAGUGGAGCACAUGAACAGAAGAGUCACAUAAGGCUGCUGCAGUGCCUUACCCAGCUUUACAUUGCUCUCUUUUGUCUUACAUCAAACCCAGGCACAUGGCCAUAUCCUGCUAGCCCAAAACACAGUGGAGUCUCUGCGCAAUUCAGGAAAUGGUCGACAACCGUGCACUUGCUCUUGUUGUUGUUGUUGUUUUGCUCCAGAAAUGGCUUCUUGAAUUCAGAGGUGUGUGUUCCAGCUCUGUAUUGUUUGCAUAUAAAGCUUUAGAUGGGGAGCUUUUCAUACUGCAGUGUGCCUCUCCACACCAACCCUAUCUCUUCAACAAAUCUGCGGUCCUGCAGCAAAGCAUAGUGUGGUUCUGGCACGAGGGAGAGAAGAAGAGAGAGCUUCCUGGGAUGGAUGACAGCAUUGUGAAAGUGGGGAAUUCCCUGUGGUUUUCUAAAAUAACUGAAAAGCACUCUGGGAACUAUUCCUGUUAUAACAGGAACACUGCAGGAGUGUUGGCUGUUGGUUGGGGCGGAGAUGGUGCGUUGCACUUCCUGGUUGAUGUGGUACAGAGGAAUGAGACUGUGUGCCAUGACGAUUGGCAGAGCGAGGUCACCCUGUUUAUUGAACAGGGGAGCACAAUCGCCUGUCCAGAUGUGAGGUGCUAUACAUCAGCUCCAAUAGAAGCCAUCAGGUGGUACAAGAAUCAUUUCUCCAGCAGGAAGUCGGACCAGCUUAUUCUAGUAAGGAUCCAUGCAAAUGCAAACUUCACCUGCGACCUCAGCUAUGUGGAAGGGCUCCACUGGACCUUCAGAAGGACUGUCAGAGUCAAAGCUAUACCGCCGGACACCAAGUCCCUGCCCAACAUCCUGUAUCCCCACGGUAACAAGACAGAGGAAGUGGAGCUGGGAAAGCGUCAUACACUCACGUGUAAGGUACAAUUCGGUUAUGAGAGGAACUCCAGUGCAAUGGUCAGAUGGUGGGUCAGAUACCAUGACAACGGCAGCAUUGGAGCUUUGGAGAUGGACCCUCCUAAGAUAGUGCAUUCCUCCAUCUGGGAAAGUACCACCAAUUACAGUGCACACCUGCAGCAAGUGACCCAGAGGAACCUGGAAGCAACAUUCACCUGCUGGGCACAGAACUCCAGAGGCAAUACCAGUGCUACCAUCAGACUACAGAGAAGACCUGAAGUGGCUGGACUCUUACUCAUUAUUGUGGGGCCUGCUGUCACAGUGGUGCUCAUAAGUGGAUUCAGCAUAUUAGUGUGGAUUUAUUGGCUGGAGAUUUACCUUUUGUACAGAACCUACUUCUCACUGGAAGAAACAGUCUCAGGAAAGGAGUAUGACGCCUUUGUGUCGUAUGUGAGUGACUCUUCCUCAGAGGAGGAACACUGCACACAGACAGGGGAGACCCUGGGAAUGCACCACCUGCCCAAUGUGCUGGAGAAACAGUAUGGCUACAGGCUGUGUCUGCUGCAGAGAGACCUGGCACCUGGAGGAGUGUACACAGAGGACGUGGUGUGGGCGAUGCAGAGGAGCAGGAGAGUGAUCUGUGUGCUGAGCUCCUGUUACCUGCGCAGCAGCUGCCUGUUUGAGCUGGAGACCAGCCUGGAAGCCCUGCAGCAGGACAGAGGCCUCCGGCUCAUCCUGGUGUGGAGCAGCCCGGCACCUCCCUGCCUCAAAGGCCUGCCCCUGCCCCCCACCGUCAGGCGGGCCCUGAGAGUGCUCCCUGCGCUCCACUGGAGCCCUUCCCAGCUCAGGCCCUCCCAGGGACCCUUCUGGAAGGCCCUAAAGCGGGCCAUGCCGAUCAGCCCCCUGCCACCGCCAUCAAGCUCUGCACCGAAGGGUGGGCUACCUGGGGAGACAUAGCUGUGCGCUAUCACACCUCCAUCCACCUACACACACAUGCUCUGUCUAUACAAUCAUAAAAACUGUUAUCAUUGAGUUAUUUAUCCUUGUAUUUAUUUGGAAUUUUAGGUAAAUAGCAGUGCACUGAUGGGUAUUUAUCGCAGAAAUAAACAGGGAGGUAAAUGUAUCCGCUCCGUCUGUUGUUACAAGGUGAAGAUGGAGUGACCUUUGGAUAAGAUGGUCUGCUAAUGGCAAUAAAGUACAGGUUUAGCUACUGUGACUAAAAGCAGCCACUUCAGGAAGGCAUUAUUUUAAAUGUGUGAAGUUUCCAAAGUGUCUGUCUUCAAUGGAACGCUUUUUACAGCUGAACAAUGACAUUUCAUCGCUCAGAAUGACGUGUGAGUACUGGGCAGUACAGUUAUGUGUGCAUAUAUUUUUCUGUUGUUACAACGUAGUAAUGUAAAAUAAAGAAGUGGAACAGUGAGCUGUUCGAAGAUGAACAUAAAUAAACCUGAAUUCAUAUUUAAAGGUACUUUAAAGGUCUUUUAAAGGUAAUUUCUGACUUCUAACGGUCAAGAGGAAUUGUCACAACAAACCCCCUCAAACCACAACACUGUUUAUCCCACCCCUUCUCUGUGGACGUGCUGACGUUGAGAUGCCAUUGGCUGCGGCAAUUAGAACCAAUUUUCAACCAAUGAGCUUCAAUUAUUGCACUGCUAUAAGAUGUUUUGUUACAGAGUGCUGGCCCAUCAACUGCAUAUUUUGAAACCUAAUUUAAGGACUAUAAACACAGGCAGAUGGUGAGUCAACAUGUCAGUGAGCCUUUUUCAAUGACAGAAAGGGAUUUACAAUGAUCAUGUAACAAUGUUUUAACACAAAAAUCUUACCUAUUGUACCUUUAAUUUCCGGGGUUAAAAAUCAUCGUCAUCAUCAUCAUCAUCA